GAGACACUCACUCACGAGGAGAGAGAGAGUUUGCACGGCAGAGAUCUGCAGCAGCAUGCUCCAGCAGAGUGAACAACUUUAGCAAAAGGACUAGAGCGACUCCUAAUCCGAGCUUCAAGUUCAAGGCGGAUUUUUUUCAACUUUUCCAAAAGACAUUUUCCACAAAUUUGCCUCCACGGACAGAAACACCUCUCCUGACUCAUUUUCCAGCCGUGGAUGAGCGCAAGAAGCGUGGAUGGUUAUGUUUGAAAAGGAGUCAGGACAACCUCUGGACCAGUCGACCGUGACAGCGAUGCCUUCCAACAAAUACUCUGGUGCUAUCAUGGAGGAGAGCAACAACAUGACGGCCACGGCGCCGGUGAACGGAGACACGCCUCCAGCUGAGGGCCUAUCAGAGAACGACAGCGGAUUGGAGCUGAUCAAUGAGAACAGCCCUCUGACCGCGGCUGAACCGCCAUCCCCCUUCAGCCCCAAGCAGAACGGAGACGCUGCCUCACCUCAAGAUGGUAACCAGUGUACGAGGGGGAGCAGGAAGAGGAGCAGGAAGAAGUCAGAGGAGGAGGAAACUACCUGGGACUCCUACAGCGAGGACAAGACUUCAGGAGCGUCUCAGCUGAGUUUGAGACAGACACCUCGACCCAGAACCAUCUACCAGGCCGGUCUGACUCCACAUGCACACAACAAACCUCGCAGACAGAGCCGCAAACAGGAGCACAGCAUGUUACUGUGUGGUGGUGGCCCUCGGGUGGCUGUGGUUGUUUCCGGCGGGGUACCUGAGGCCCCUCGUCUGGAGCUGAUGGAACAAGACUCCAAGGACUCGGCCCAGAGCAUCAGCACCUCAUCCAGCUCAGAGAUCCAGCCGGAGUAUAAUGACAGCAAGGGUUUUGGCAUCGGCGAGCUGGUGUGGGGGAAGAUCAAAGGCUUCUCCUGGUGGCCCGGCAUCGUGGUGACGUGGCGCGCCACCGGCAAACGGCAGGCCAGCCACGGCAUGAGGUGGCUGCAGUGGUUUGGAGACGGGAAGUUCUCUGAGGUUUCAGCCGACAAACUGGACUCCAUCACCGCCUUCCCAAAGUUCUUCAGCCAGGCCUCUUACACCAAGCUGGCCUCCUACCGCAGGGCGAUCUUUCAAGCACUGGAGAUGGCCAGUAUCCGGGCGGAGAAAAAGUUCCCUCCCUGUGAGUCGGACAACCCAGACGACCAAGUCAAACCCAUGCUGGACUGGGCCAACGGCGGCUUUCUGCCCAAAGGAGAGGAGGGACUCAAACCUACACACACUGCCGACAGCAACCCUCUGGACCACCAGGUCCUCGAUGUUUCCCUGCCAGAGUAUUUCCCCAGCGCCAAGCGGCCCAGAGUCAGCCUCUGUAAGAACAAGGCGGCGCCCGAGGAGUCCUACAGCAGAGAACAAAUGGUGAAUGAAGUUCUGAAGAAUAAAAGAAGUAUAGAAGAGUUCUGUCUCUCAUGUGGAAAGAUGAGAGUAGCAACCUUCCACCCGCUGUUUGAAGGAGGCCUGUGCCAAACAUGCAAGGACGUGUACCUGGAGAUGUCCUACAUGUACGAUGACGACGGUUACCAGUCCUACUGCACCGUUUGCUGCGGAGGUCGAGAGGUUCUCCUCUGUGGAAACGCCAACUGCUGCAGGUGUUUCUGCGUGGACUGUCUGGACAUCCUGGUUGAUCCCGGAGCGUCCAACAACGCUCGCUAUCUGGACCCGUGGCGAUGUUACAUGUGCCAGCCGCUGCUGCAGUACGGCGUCCUGAAGCGGCGGCACGACUGGAGCCUCAAGCUGCAGGCAUUCUUCGCCAAUGACAACGGACAGGAGUUUGAAAAACCAAAGAUUUACCCAGCAGUCCCUGCAGAGCAGAGACGACCGAUCAGAGUCCUCUCCCUGUUUGACGGCAUCGCCACCGGCUACCUGGUUCUGAGGGACCUGGGUUUCAAGGUGGACCAGUACGUGGCGUCAGAGGUGUGUGAGGACUCCAUCUCAGUGGGCGUCGUCAGACAUGAAGGAAAGAUCCAGUACGUCCACGAUGUCAGGAACAUCACAAAGAAAAACCUUCAGGAGUGGGGUCCAUUUGACCUGGUGAUCGGAGGAAGUCCCUGCAACGACCUGUCAAUCGUCAAUCCUGCAAGAAAAGGGCUCUACGAAGGCACAGGGAGGCUCUUCUUUGAGUUUUAUCGUCUGCUGAGCGAGGCCAAGCCCAAAGAAGGAGAGGACCGGCCGUUCUUCUGGAUGUUCGAGAACGUGGUCGCCAUGGGCGUCAACGAUAAGAGGGACAUCUCACGAUUCCUGGAGUGUAACCCUGUGAUGAUCGACGCUAUCGAGGUCUCUGCUGCUCACCGUGCCCGAUACUUCUGGGGAAACCUGCCGGGCAUGAACAGGCCUCUGUGUGCCUCUGGGAUGGACAAGCUGGAGCUGCAGGACUGUCUGGAUCACGGCAGAGUCGCAAAGUUUGGGAAGGUGCGCACCAUCACUACCCGCUCCAACUCCAUCAAACAAGGGAAGGAUCAACACUUUCCUGUCCUGAUGAACGGGAAGGAGGACAUUCUGUGGUGCACUGAGCUGGAGAGGAUCUUUGGCUUCCCUGUCCACUACACAGACGUGUCCAACAUGGGUCGCGGUGCCAGGCAGAAGCUUCUGGGCCGGUCCUGGAGCGUCCCUGUCAUCCGGCAUCUCUUCGCACCUCUGAAAGACUACUUCGCCUGUGAAUAGACCCCAGCCAUCACAGAGCAAACCGACGCCACUAUGAUUGAACACCAGCUUUUCUUUUGUGAUACUGGCUCUGAGAAAAAAGUGGUGGGAUUGUCUCCCGUCUGGCAGGCAAACAACCAGUUUCACUACGAAUGAGUGAAGCUGGGAAAUAGUAGCUGUUAGUUUCCAGCUCUUUUUUUUGGACCCUGGUGAUAAUACACUGCAGUCUUAAACACACACUAGAUACACAAAUACAGCAAAGGUUUAUCACUACCCCAAAGUGUCAGGAAGAGAGAGGGAGGCCGGUCAGACUAUAGGAUCCAUAACAGAGGCCAGGACAGAGCUCCUCCUCCCUGGAGGUUCAGCCGAGUUAAAAAGGGAAAAGACGACGACGCUGAUUCUUCUGCUGUGUUCAUAAACAUUAGGCCUGUAGAGUGACUUUAACAGGAUUUUAUUUUUGUUUUAAAAUGCCCGUAAAAGGUUUUGACAACACUUAGUAGUUGUAGACAAAUAGAGACCAACAUAGCACAGACAGUACAGCUGUUUAAGUGGCUUUGUAUCAAACUUUUUUUUUUAAAUAGGAAGUGUAAAAACAUUUCAGAGGUCGCUCAUCAUCUCCGUUUAAAAUGUGUGACAACAAGCUGCUGAUACAGGCUGUUCAUCGAAAAAAAAACACUUGAACCAAAGUCUUUAGAUGGACAGUUUUCGGACUUCCUUGCUGUUCCUCUAGCCUCGUGCCUGAAUGUGUUUUCUCAAAAAAGGGUUUCAGCAGUGUAGAAAAGCCAAAACAUGAUAUUUUUGUCAAAAUUCUAAGAUAAAUGGCCCAAUCUCAACUGGAUCAUAAAAGAUUAACCAGAUUAACAUUAUUUUGUCAGCAUUUAACAACAACAUUUCCCAUGAGUCUUGUGCUGUGUUCACACUACGAGCAACGCGGCGACUAGCUCGCCGUUGAAUUGAUGCUCGAGUGCUCGUUAAUGUAGCAAUGUCAUCACGUUUGCUCCUUGCCGCAAAUGACCUCGACAGAGUGUCAUCUGAAAUUCGUAUUUAGUCAAAAAUAUUAUCAUCUUUAAACAUUACAUUUCGACACCCCCCAGAGAACCACAGCUAGAAACAAAAAAUAUAAUUGGUUGAGGUUUCACCGCAUCACUGGAGCGCUGUUGUGCGUCACACUCGUCUGCAGUGACAGUUAAAAGCGCUUUCAUUGAAAAAUGAUUUGUGUCGCUCAUGGUGUAAAUGCAGUAUUAGCCACACAGGUACAAGUUGUAGUUGUUCAAUUCUAACAUUUAAUCUUUGUUAUAAUGUUGAUAAAAAAGUGCUUAAAUCAUCCGAUGGAGCAGAGGAGGAUUUACGAUUUGAUUAUGGAAAGAAAACCCGAGUACUGUAGGAAAACACAUUCAGCAAUGGAAGCUAGUGCAAAACAAGCUAACCUGGAGAUGAAGCAGGAAUUUGUCUUAGAUUAGUUUAUAUUGUUAGUUAAAAAAAAAGAAAAUUUUACUUUUAACUUUUGCUUUGAAGUUCGUAUGAGCAAAAUAGCUUCCUUAAAAUAAAAAAAAUCUAAAUGUUUAUUAAAGAUAAUAUUAAAAAAAAUUUUGUGUAGAUAGUGUGAAACUUUAAGUUGUAAUAUGACCGCGAAAUCUCCCUGAAAGCUACAAAUACUUGAAACAAGCCAAUGCAAAAACAGAGAUAGAGAGAAUGGUUUUUUUGUCUUUUUGCCAACCAUUCCAGACAGCUGAGAAUGAAAGAGUAAUGGCAUUUAUCCUACUGAUUUUUAUCUUUGAAAUAACGUAAUAUCAGUUCACUGUAAUGACUGGAUGACAGGAAACACUGUUGAACACACAAUGCCUUUUUUAAACUCAACACUGACUUUUGGUUUUAGAGUUCUUUAUUUCAAAAAAAGAGGACUGACAUGAAAAUCAUCUCUGAUCUCUGAUGCUGGUUGAUACUGUGUGGUGCACAUGCUUUUGUGUACAGUAUGUAGCCUAUAAAUAUUUUUUACAUUAUUUAACUUCAAACACCCAAGUUUGUUGCAAAAAUGUAAAUUUAUAAUGCACAUUAACAAUGAACAAAACGUUGUUUUUUUAACCUGCAUUUAUAUGUCAUACUGUAUGCCUAAGCUUUGGCAUGUUCACCAGACAGAAGAAUUUACUGGAUGGUUUGUUUUGGUACCAAUUCUCUUGAUGUGACCAAAUUCACAAAAACUUGGCGCUGUCUUUUUAAAAAUAUCUUUUAUUGUUUGUUUGCGAACUGGAAGAUUUUGAAAUGCUGUCGGCUGUCACCAAAUCGUACUAAAUGGGCAUUACCUCAGACAAAGGGGCAACUGUACAUCCCUCCUCCUGUAGGAUCUCUGUUCUGUGAAUAUAUACUGUAGCUUUAUGCUCCUAUAUGCCCUGUGUUUGUAUAUAUAUAUAGCUUGUAUUUUAUCACUGGAACUUUUUUUACACAAUGUUUUGCGUACUGUAUCGACAGAGAGGUUUACAAGUGUUAAACUCUCUUGUAUGACCAGGAACUACAUUAUUUUUUUAAAACUCAAAAUGCACAACCUUUUAAGAACUUUUUUCUUUCGUGUUAAAAUGACCGGUAAAUUUAGAAAUGUACUGGACUCCGCUAUGGUGCUCAAAAAGGCCGCUGUAAGUGCCACCAGGAGCUUCUUUUCGUUUUCAGUUCUGAUUUUAAAGUCCUUUAAAAAAACCAAAAAGUUAUUGUUUACAUGCUUCAUUAAUACUUCUGAGCUUGUUGAAUGUUUUGCUUGAAAACAGUACGCAAAAAAAUCUAGUUUUUAUCUUUUUUGUAACUGCUCUUUUAAGACUUUUUAUAUUGAGAACA